UGUGCUGCAGCCCCUUUCAGACAUCUGGUCGGAGUCCCCGUCAGGCCACGAGGAGGAGAAAUGCAGUGGGCUGUAGGUGAAGGGCAGGAGAAAAAAGACGGAGCCCUUUCUGGUGUCUUUGGAAACAAGCAAGCACGAAGUAGGACAAAAACAUCUCGGACUCAAAGGGGUCUACAGUAAAAGGCACAAGGAAAUCUGAACAAAGAAGAAAUCUUGUACUUUGCAGACUGCUGUUGUCGAUGAACUCUUGAUCCAGCAGGAAGUUCAGAAAGGGAAAGUUUCCGGGGGGGGGAUAUUAAAAAAUAAACCAAAGUUAAAAAAAAAUCCAAAACCCACAGAGGGGAGAAACCAUAUGAAUGCAUGGAGUGUAGAAUGUUUUUCACACACCAUCACCACCUUUCUUCACAUCAGAGAACGAAUAUAGGACAGAAAGCAUAUGAAUACAUGGAAUGUGGAAAGAGGUUCAACAUGAGCUCUCAUCUUACUUGGCAUCAAAGGACCCAACCAGGAGAGAAAUGAUAUAAACGCAUGGAAUGUUGAAAGUUUUUCAGUUGAAGUGGACAUCUUACUUCACAGUGUGGAAAAAACUUCAAUCAGAAGGGCUGCCUUACUCAACAUAUACAUACAGAACGGCCCCGCUCAUACAGCGGGUUACAUUCCGGACCCCCGCUGUAAAGCGAAAACCGCUGUAAAGUGGAUCCCAUUUAUUUACAUUGACCAAAAUGGCGCCCGGCGGCAAAAAAAAUGCUGUAAAAGCAGAACAAGCGUUGUCAAGCAGGGCCUUUCUACAGUUCACAACCGUUGUAUUAGCGGAACGCUGUAAAGCGAAGCACUGUAAAGCUGGGGCCCUACUGUACACACACAGAUGAGAAACUGCAUGUAUGCAUGGAGUGUGCAAAGAGCUUCAGUAUGAGAAGUAAGCUAACUUUACAUCAAACAACCCACAUAGGAAAGAAACCACAUACAUGCAUAAAGUGCGGAAAGUGCGGAAAGCGCUUCAGUAAUAGAAGAGAUCUAACUGUACAUGAAAGAACCCACACAGGAGAAAAACCUUAUGAAUGCGUAGAGUGUGGAAAAGGUUUCAGGCAGAUCCAACACCUUACUUCACAUCACAGAAUCCACACAGGAGAGAAGCCAUAUAAAUGUAUGGAUUGUGGAAACAGCUUCAGUCGUAAUGAUAUCCUUACUUUACAUCAAAGAACCCACACAGGAGAGAAGCCAUAUAAAUGUGUACAGUGUGGAAAGACCUUUAGUGUGAGGUGUAAACUUACUUUGCAUGAAAGAACCCACACAGGAGAGAAACCGUAUGAAUGCAUGGAGUGUGGAAAGAGUUUCAUUGAUAGUGGAAGACUUUCCUCCCAUCAAAGAACCCACACAGGAGAGAAACCAUAUAUAUGCAUAGAGUGUGGAAAGAGCUUCUGUAGUAGAAAAGAUCGAACUGUACAUGAAAGAACCCACACCGGAGAAAAACCAUAUACAUGCACAGAAUGUGGAAAAGGUUUUAGUCGGAGCCAACACCUUUCUUCACAUCACAGAACCCACACAGGGGAGAAGCCUUAUAUGUGUCUGGAGUGUGGAAAGAGUUUUAGUCGCAAUGGAAGCCUCACUUUACAUCAACGAAUCCACACAGGAGAGAAACCAUAUAAAUGUAUGGAGUGUGGAAAGAGCUUUAGUGUGAGCUGCAAACUUACUUUGCAUCAAAGAAUCCACACAGGAGAGAAACCUUAUAAAUGUAUGGAGUGUGGAAAGAGCUUUAGUGCGAGGUAUAAAGUUACUUUGCAUCAAAGAACACACACAGGAGAGAAACCAUAUGAAUGCAUGGAGUGUGGAAAGGGUUUCAUUGAUAGUGGAAGUCUUUCCUCCCAUCAAAGAACCCACACAGGAGAAAAACCAUAUAAAUGCAUAGAGUGUGGGAAGAGCUUCGGUGGUAGAAAAGACCUAACUGUACAUCAAAGAACCCAUACAGGAGAAAAACCAUAUAAAUGCAUAGAGUGUGGAAAAAGUUUCGGUCGAAGUCAACACCUUACUUCACAUCACAGAACCCACACAGGGGAGAAGCCAUAUAAGUGUCUGGAGUGUGGAAAGAGUUUCAGCUGCAGUGGAAGCCUUACUUCCCAUCAAAGGACACACAGAGAGAAACCAUAUACAUGCAUAGAGUGUGGAAAGAGCUUCAGUGGUAGGAAAUAUCUAACUGUACAUGAAAGAACACACACAGGAGAAAAACCAUAUGAAUGCAUGGAGUGUGGAAACCGUUUCAUCGAUAGUGGAAGCCUUAUCUCCCAUCAAAGAAGCCAUACAGGAGAGAAGCCAUAUAAGUGUUUGGAGUGUGGAAAGAGUUUCAGUCGCAGUGGAAGCCUUAAUGUACAUAAAAAAACCCACACAGGAGAGAAACCAUAUACAUGUAUGGAGUGUGGAAAUAAUUUUAGUGCAAGGUAUAGACUUACUUUGCAUCAAAGAACACAUACAGGAGAGAAACCAUAUGAAUGCAUGGAGUGUGGAAAGAGUUUCAUUGAUAGUGGAAGUCUGUCCUCCCAUCAAAGAACACAUACAGGAGAAAAACCAUAUAUAUGCAUGGAGUGUGGAAAGAGUUUCAGUGGUAGAAAAGAUCGAACUGUACAUGAAAGAACCCACACUGGAGAAAAACCAUAUAAAUGCAUAGAGUGUGGAAAAAGUUUUAGUCGGAGCCAACACCUUACCUCACAUCACAGAACCCACACAGGGGAGAAGCCUUAUAUGUGUCUGGAGUGUGGAAAGAGUUUCAGUCAUAGUGGAAGCCUUACUUUACAUCACAGAAUCCACACAGGAGAGAAACCAUAUGAAUGCAUGGAGUGUGGGAAAGGUUUCAGUUACAGUGGAAGCCUUACUUUACAUCAAAGAACCCACACAGGGGAGAAACCAUUUAAAUGUAUGGAGUGUGGAAAGUGCUUCAGUCAGAGUCAACAACUUACUCGACAUCACAGGACCCACAUGGGGAACUGUAAAAAUUUAUUGAAUGUGGAAAGGUUCAGGGUGAGCUCUGACCUUAAUUUGCAUCAUCAGUGACAUCUUAUUGCACACCAAAGAACCCACACAGGGAAGAAAACAAAUGUAUGGAGUAUGAAUGUAUGAAAAGACUUCAUUCAUAGCAAAAGCGUUACUUUACAUCAGAGACCUUCGGCUAU